AUGUCAGGGGAGUCUCGAAUUGCCCCUGUUGAAUCCCAAGAGGAGGCUGUACAAAAAUUCAUGAACCAACUACCUCCGGAAUUAAAAGCAGAGUUCGAAACAAUCCGUCCAUUCCUGACACCAUCCUUUCCUGAGGUCACAUCGAACCAAAACACGGGUAAAUGCCCGUUACCUGCCCAUUUUACAGUUGCAUCGGCUCCUAGUUUUAUCACUUCUGCAAAAAGAUGGAUUGCAGCCAAUCAGAUGACUAUGGGGUAUGAACAGCUGUUCAAUAUCAUUAUGGGGCUCCUACCCACAUCGACCUAUAAAAACAGAGCACUUCAGUGGUACAGCGAGGACCAGCCAUACCCUUGGGACGAAUUGUGGAACCUCCUGAAACAACAACAUGCACUUUUGGAAACGAAAGCGUAUGCGAAAUUCAACGCAAUGAAAUGUGACAAAGUGGCUGACUACCCCGCAUUUGUAGAAAAAGCGAUUCUAGAAGCGACCAAUACAACUAUUCCGGAUAGAAAUAUUAUCACUACUUUGAUAAACGCGGCUCCGAGUGUUCGCCUCCGAACGGCACUAACCACACUCCAUGGCGACAACCCGCAUAUCUCUUUAGAUGAUUUUGCAGAAAGAAGCCAACUACGUGUAAAUGAAGUCCUAGUAGAAUCGCAACACAAAUCUACAUUGAAGAAAUGGUGCUCAAUUCACAAAAAUCGCGGACACAACACAAAGGACUGCAGUAGACAGACGAACAAACGUCAUAAUACACGCAAUCCCGAAUCCGGGAAACGACCGGUGGAAGCGACAGCUACUUCUCAAGAGUCAAUACAAUCUGUGACCUUUUCGCACGACGCCGAGAUGAUCAAUCGGAUAAAUCAGUCUCUGGAGAAAGAUCCUAAGUACUCAAAGAUUCUUCAACACUUCCGUAAUCCCCAACACAGUCCAUUCCCAGGCGACAAGAAGGAUAAACUUUGUUAUUCUUAUGAAAAUUAUAUUUUGAGUUACCUGGGAAAAAUUGUCGUAGGAGCGGAUGAAGAUUUACAUGAGGAUUUGAUCAAACUUUUCCACGAUCAUUGGAUUGGCGGUCAUCACGGUGUUCGUCGCACGAGACAAGAAUUAACUAAAGUUUUCACAUGGCCCAACAUCAGCGAGUACGUGGAAAAAUACGUCAAAAGCUGCGUGACAUGUCAAAAAUUCCGAAUACGCGACCACGCACCAUACGGCCUCCUAGAGCCUUUACCGAUCCCCGAUCGCCCUUUCCAAUCCAUAUCAUUAGAUUUUGUAACGACCUUGCUGGAAUCUGGUCCCCAAGAGUCAACCCAAAUUCUAGUGAUUGUUGACCGCUUCAGUAAAUACGUCCAGUGUUACCCAUGCUCCACCAACACCAACGCCAUAGAACUCGCAACGUGUAUGAAAGACUACUUCGACCGCUUUGGCCGUCCCGACACCAUCAUCUCGGAUAGAGGCACGCAAUUUACAUCAAACUUUUGGCGAUCAUUCACCGCGAGUCGAGAUAUUAAACUUCAGUUCUCCACGGCAUACCACCCUCAGACGGAUGGUCAGACAGAACGCAUGAACGGGGAAGUCAUACGCCAUAUCGCGAAAUAUAUCAACCCUCAACACAACAAUUGGUCUGAGUUAUUGUCGGAAGCCACCUUUGCCAUCAACACCACUUAUGAUGAAUCUAUCAAGAACAGCCCUUAUAAGGUAGUGUUUGGGUUCGAACCCAAUAUACAUUUCAAUUUUAAAGCCGCGGAAGCUUAUCCAACAAUGGAAGCCAACUUAGCACACCAGGCUGACCUCCACAACAGUACUAAGGAAAUAAUUCGACACAGCCAACAGCAGCAAGCUACGUAUCACAACAAGCAUCGAAUUCACAAAGUUUUCAAAAUGACGGAUCGAGUUUUACUUUCCACGGAUAAGCUUAACUAUGACCGAGGUCCAAAACGCAAAUUCGAUAGGAAAUGGAUUGGACCCUUUACAAUUGCGGCAAAAGUCAACGACAAUGCCUACCGUCUAUUGUUACCCAAGUCUUGGCGCAUUAACCCUGUGUUCAACGUAGACCAAUUGGAACUCUAUGAGGAAAAUUUGGUGCAUCGGAAGAAAUAUGGCACUCACAUCGAAGAAGAAAUCGAUUUUUAUGACAAUAAUCCGCUAGGCAUCACCGACCUCAUUCGAACCGAGCCUUUCGGCAAGCAGGUCUUUUAUCUCGCUUCAGUCCGCACCAAGUACGCAACGGAGUCGCAAUACUUCACUUUGCAUGGACUAAAGGAUUACAAAGAUCUUGUCUGGCUACUACACGACAGAUCACCUACGGAUCCUAAGCCUCCUCACCUCCAAACAUUCCUGAACCACCUUGAAGCCGGUUCAUAG